UGUGCCACUGGCAAGGCACACGUACUUUCCAGGUUGUUUUUUGAAUCAUUCGAUCUACUUUUCAUCAUUGACGUUGUCCCUUUCCCUUUCACCAGAAUCAGCUACCUUCUCGACUUCGCCUUUGUGCCUUUUAGUUGGUCGGUGAUAUUGUUCGGUUGCGCUAUGUCGCUGUUACAAGGAUACGAACACCAGUUUGGUGUACUCACUGCGGAAGUAACGACGAAAAUCCACGCCAUUCCAAAUCUGUCUGGCAGUCCUAGGCAAAGUGUUGUAAAAGAUGUGGAACAAUUGCUAGAAGAAGCACAGGACCUCGUCGAACAAAUGGACCUGGAGGUAAGAGACCUGCCGUCAGCAGGGAGACAAACAGCCGCUACGCGAGUUCGCUCGUAUACCGAGGAGCUCUCGCGUCUUGGCAAAGAUUUCCGCCGGUCACAAGUGCAGUUAGGAGAUGCAGCGGCUGGUAGGGACGAGUUGCUGGGGCCAGACGACGCAGCGAAUUCCGAGGAUCAGCGAGAGAGGCUUCUGCAGAACACGGAGAGGAUGAGCAAGACAACAAAUCGCCUGGAGGAGGGAUACCGCAUGACGCUAGAAACGGAGGAGAUCGGUCGUGGAAUCAUGGACAAUCUCCAUCGUGACCGAGAAACGAUCACCAGAGCUCGUGACAGGCUCAGGGGUGUCGACCAGGAUCUGGGCAAGAGCGGGCGAAUCCUGAACGGAAUGAAAUAACCUUGCGAACAGCACCAAAAUUGGAAGUUUGUCGGUGCCACAGUGCGUAGGCGUCGUGACGUUCGAAUCAACGCGGUCUCGGUCAGUACUGCCGCCUCUCACUACUGCUUAAUACCCUGAAGUUGGCAAUUUUCAUCAAUUUUCGCACUGGUCCAUGCCGCAGUCUAUGGCGGCAGGCCGGUGACCCGGAAUAGAUUAAGCUGCAGCAUUCGUCACUCAGGUCGGCACUGAGCAUAUCAGGCGGUAACCCUGCUUUCAAGCUUGCAGAAAGCAUUCAGUCAGUAUCCUGCGAGCCUGCAACGCAAUUGCUUAUAAUAUUUUUUACACCCUUCCUAGUAUAUCCGACCGUGCAGGCAAAACUCUUUGUAUUGCGAUGUGUCUUCUGUACUUGUGUUACCGGUUGAUUUUGGAUGUUGCUUUGUUGCUGGCUCAUUGCUCACACUGUGUGGCUGCUGCAGUGUACGGAUGGGUUGACUCAGUGCUUGGUGCUGUUGUUGCAUUCCUGGAAAACUGAAUUCAUGCUUCA